UUCUUACAAUGGCACUUUCAGGUGCUUGCACUUACCGUGGUAUCAAUUGGUGUUGCUGUUGCUACGGUGACCGAUCUUCAAUUUCAUUUUUUCGGUGCUUGCAUAGCAGUAGCAUGGAUAAUACCGAGUGCAGUUAAUAAAAUACUUUGGUCCAAUCUACAACAAGAAGAAAACUGGACCGCCCUAGCGUUAAUGUGGAAGACCACACCUAUUACUUUAUUCUUCCUUGUGAUGUUGAUGCCAUCACUUGAUCCUCCUGGUGUCCUGUCUUUUAAUUGGAACAUCUAUAACUCUUCAAUUAUUGGUGGUUCGGCUAUUCUUGGUUUCUUACUUCAAUGGUCCGGUGCCCUAGCACUCGGGUAUGCAUGUUCUGCUUAUAUUUUUUUAAUUUUGCUUCUUUUCCUUACAACAAUAUCUCAAGAGAAGUGUAAGUUGCCUUCGAGAAGAAGAGGCUGGCCGAUUAUUAACGAUAGUAUCAACUGGGCUGGGGGAUGGGGUUGGGAUUGGAGUUGGAGUUGGAGUUGGAGUGGGAGUGGGAGUGGGAGUGGGAGUGGGGGGGUGGGUUGGGAAGAUGAACAAUUAUUUGGACCACAGGUGCUAAUUUUUCAAAGGUUUGGGACUGGCAGUGGCACAAAUUGA